AGUUAUCAAUAACAAAAUGAAAUGACAUUAUUGAUUUUUGGAGGUUGUAUACGAAACUGCAGUUGCAAGAUUAAAAUGUGAAAAUAAAUUAACAAGUGCCACUUUUACGCGUUGUUUUGACUGUAAAUUCGUAGUAUUUAAGUUCAUAAUGCGUCUUAAGCGGCGUUUUCACAUGUUAAAAGGUUUCCAACUUGAGUAAUACGUGUUGGUUCUGUAGAUGAAAUAACCGCGGAUAUGGCCACGGCUCAGUGCUCCACGGACGCAGACGUCCACGCUGCAGAGGCAGACGCGGAGGACCAGGAACUCGAUUUAGAGAUCAGUGUGGACAAGAUUGACGAGGGACUGUUUCUUGGGAACCUAGCAUGUGCCCGGGAACAGAAGACCCUGGAGACCCUCGGGAUCACACACAUACUGACGAUAGACCUGGUGCCGCUGCCCAGGAGUCUGCAGGACAGGAUCAAAGUUAUCUUCAAGUAUGUCAAAUUGGCCGAUGUACCAAAAGACGAUCUGAUCUCCCAUUUGCCAGAAUGCAACGAAUUUAUCGAGAACGCCGUGGAAGCUGGUGGUAACGUCCUGGUCCAUUGUUACUUUGGCGUGUCGCGCUCCGCUGCGGUUGUCAUCGGUUACAUUAUGAAAAGAUAUUUUCUGGAUUACGAGGACGCCUUCAGGUUGGUGAAAUCACAACGGCGCUUUGUCGGACCCAACCCUGGUUUCAUUGCUCAACUCAAAUUGUAUGGACAGAUGGGCUAUGUGCUUAAUAAGGACGACCCAAGAUACAAACAGUUUCGAUUAAAAAUGGCGGGACAAAAAUUAAAACAAGUAAAAAUCCUCCCCCAACUUUUUGCGGAUCUGAUCAAACCGGAUCCGGGUUUGGUCCGCGAGCGCCCGGACCCGGUCGUGUAUCGUUGUAAAAAGUGUCGCCGGGUCGUCGCCAGCCAGAACAACAUUAUACCACACGUACCCAAGCAGGUUAAAGUCGAGUUGGCUAAGAGAGGUAUCAGGCCAUCGAUAUCCAAGCUGCCCGGUGUCCCGUGCUCCGAGAACGGCCAGGUCCUCAUUCAGAGGCUGAAGAGCUUGGCGUGUCACAUACUGGACCACGACACUACGGACACCACGGGGGUCCCCGCCACGCAGGACGGCGAGGGACCUAGCCAUUUGGACGGUUACCACGAGCAGAACCUGGUGGAGGCGGCGAUAGCGGCCCGCGACUGCGCGGACGCGUGCCGUCAGAUGCUGUUCGUGGAGCCGAUGGCCUGGAUGAGCGGCGUCACGCACGACGCGCAAGGGAAACUGCACUGCCCCAAGUGCAACUACAAGAUAGGCAGCUUCAGCUGGGUCUGCGGUUGCAAGUGUCCGUGCGGUCAGAAAGUUGCGCCCGCCUUCUACCUUGUACCGUCGAAGGUGGAAUGGUCCAAUAUUGUCCAAAACGUACAAGUCACGGUCUAGAGUCCAGCGCGCUGAUGGUCGCGCUUCGAUCA